UACUUUUAAGCACAACUAACUUAAACUAAUGCACUCUGAUACAACAUUCUUGCAAUAAAUCCUACCUUCACACAGAUUGUGUUGAUUAAUGUAGUAUUUUUUGCAUGACUGUUGUAUUAGGCUGCAAUAGUUUUAGCUGUAACUGAUUGCAAUCAUAUACAGCCAUGGAAUUGGAAAAUAAGCCAAUACACGUCAGCAUAUUAAUGUAAAAUGUGUAUCUGCUUCUUUAAAUAAACAAUCAUGUUGCAAUUAUUGUUUUUAUUUAUUUGAUUACAUUAGUUUUUAUUCCGAAAUUCGUCAUGAAAAGGGGCAUUAUAAAAUAACUGUUACUUCACACACUCAACAUUUGGAGGUGUCUCGGGUUACACUGGGUUUGGACACAUGACCUCGGUUACAGUAAAGAAUGAGGUUAUUUAAAAACUUUUAAAUACUUUCUCACUGCAGGUUUAGGAUCAGCUUGUCUUCACAAAGUUGAUAAGUUCAUAAGAGCAGCGUGCGGAUCUUAUUUUGAAAGGCGUACAGGAAGUAGAGAGUGUUGACAGUGCGCUGACGGCGCGCAGUGAGGCUGCUGGCUGCAGCUUGUCUGUCACUGCGGGCGCUGAAACACAAAACCUUUCUUGGAAUCAGAUUCCUGGAACCUCCGUCAGUCCAAACUGAACUGAGCUGUUUUCUGUCCUGCGCCUUACUGAAUAUAGAGCACACUCACAGCAGACCUGCAGAAGCACACACGGAUAUAUGUUUUCUCAUUUUCUAUUACUACAGCAGGUAGUAUCAAGGAAUAUUUUCUCUUUUUCACCAUCAUCCGAGGCUAUUCGGCUCUGAUGAUUAAUUAUUUAAAGUGAGAAACUGCUGGAUUAUUCACAAGGCUGUUUGUUCAACUGUUUACCAAACUGGUUGGGCUCCUUAUGAUUAUCUUUGAUUUAAGGGCUGCUUCAGAAAUGGUUGCCCGUGCAGUGACCAUUUUCCAUCAUGAGGAGCGACAUGGUUCAUGCCACCCACAUCCCUCACCUCCACCCUGUGACCCAGCAGAGGACCUCUGCUGCAUCACCAACACCUUCCAGUAUCUGCAUAACUCAGGCUGGUACUGGGGCUCCAUCUCAGCGAGUGAAGCUCGGGAAGCUCUCCUAAAAAGGUCUGAAGGCACUUUUCUGGUGCGGGACAGCAGUCAUCCUCAGUGCAUGCUAGCCCUGUCAGUGAAGACCCGCUGUGGACCCACCAGUGUGCGCAUAAAAUACAGCAUGGGCUCUUUCUGGCUGGACUCCAUUUCCCCCGUCCUGCCUCACCUGCAGUCCUUUCCCGAUGUUCUCAGCCUCAUACAACACUACACGGCCUCAGGCCACACGCCGCAGGGGCAGAAGUCUAAUGACAUCCAUCCCCAAACAAAGCCUGACCCUGCCAAGCACACGGAUAAGGACAGCGGGGUGCCCCUGAAGCUGAUGCACCCCCUGCACAAACCAGAGGCCUUCCCUUCUUUGCAGCACCUGACGCGCCUCACCGUCAACAGACACACAAAGUGCCCCGACCAGCUGCCACUCCCAAAGCCUCUACUGCACUACCUGCAGGACUACCCUUUCCACAUAUGAGGGUCUCUGUCCGUCUGGUACAGGACACACAGACAGAAACAAGGGUCAGGGUCACACUCCAUGACCACACACUGUGAAUCUGGGACAGUUGGACACCCCAGGCAACAAGGAACGGCCCAAAUGGAGAAUAAUUAAAUGAAUGAGCUCAGUCUUUGUGCUACUGUUGUUCUCCAGAAUAAUAUUUUUUACCAUUUUCAUAUGUCUGUUUCAGUAACUGUAAAUUGAUUUUAUUUCGAUGCCAAUAUGUGAGUUGUUUCUAUUUAUUUGUCCCAAAUGUUUUUACAUAAGACAGCCCAAACUUAUAAUUUAUCUAAACAAUAGUAAAUCUGUGAUUAAAAACAAACAAAAACAGCUACAGUUGCGUUGUUCUUGCAGUAGAAAUAACAUGAUUAAUCAUUGGAAUUUCUGUCUUUGGAUCUCUCUUUUUCUUUGCUGUAGAGCUCAUUAUGUGGGACCUGAGGUUUGUUGAGCAAAGCAAUGUUUAUUCGCUCUUCAUGAACCUGAUAAAUCAUAAGCCCACAGUGUUCUCUUGUAACACUUUUGGGCUCAAUUAUCGUCAUCACAAAUUCUCCUAAACAUAUCUUUUCACCCUUUGUUCAGUGUUACAGCUGUCCUGGUGCAGCAUGUGUUUUGAUCAUUAUAUUGUUUGGAGCCUGGGGUUGUUCCCUUCUAAAUGUCAAUUUGAUGACUUUCUUCUUCUUUCUGUAUCUUUGGGUUUGAUUGGACAUGGUUAAAACCAAUCACAGUACAAUGAAGAUUUUAAAUCGUUGAGGGUUCAUUGAUAAGAUGUUGUUACCAUGUAAUUGUUAUGUUAGGCUGACACUACAUGACAUGCAGACUGGAGUGCCAGAAGUGGAGGGGGGGAAAGUCAUUUAAAAAGAUAUAAUAAAAGAUUGGCUAUA